AUGACAAUCGAGGCUUCUGUGAGCUUCAAAAGAAAAGAUACGGAGAACCUAAUUUCAACUAAGACUCUGCAGCUAGACAAAGAGAAAAACAUGACUAUGUCAAGGAUUACCAAAAGCGGCAAAGUGAUGGAUGAUCAGUCUUCUCCAUCAAAGUGUCAAAUGGAAAAUUUCCAAUCAGCACUACAGGAUCCAAACUACCGCAGACACAUGGCUGCACUUAAACUGCAGAAAGUAUAUAAAAGCUUUCGGACAAGAAGAAAGCUAACAGAUUGUGCAAUUCUUAUUGCACAAAGCUGGUGGAAGCUCUUAGAUUUUACUGAACUCAAACACAGCUGUAUAUCUUUCUUCAACAUUGAGAAGCAUGAAACUGCUAUUUCACGUUGGUCUAGAGCUAGAAUCAGAGCUGCCAAGGUUGGUAAAGGUUUAUCAAAAGAUGACAAAGCUCAAAAACUUGCUUUGCAGCACUGGCUGGAAGCGAUUGAUCCACACCAUCGGUAUGGACAUAAUCUGGCCUUUUAUUAUGCUAAAUGGCUCAAGUGUCAGAGCAGAGAACCCUUUUUCUACUGGCUGGAUAUAGGAGAAGGAAAGGAGGUUAAUCAUGAGAAGUACCCUCGAUCUAAACUUCAGCAGCAGUGUAUUAAAUAUCUGGGUCCGAUGGAAAGAUUGGCUUAUGAAGUUCUUGUGGAGGAUGGAAGGUUUUGCUUCAGGCAAUCAGGAAAGCUCCUUCACACUGCUAGUGAAGGUGCACAUACCAAGUGGAUUUUUGUCCUUAGCACAUCCAAGAUCUUGUAUCUCGGCAAGAAGAAGAAAGGUUCAUUUCAGCAUUCUAGCUUCUUGGCUGGAGGAGCCACAUCUUGUGCUGGGAGACUAGUCGUUGAUUAUGGGGCAUUGAAGGCAGUUUGGCCUCACAGUGGGCAUUAUCGUCCUACAGAAGAUAAUUUCAAGGAAUUUAUUUCAUUUCUUCGGGAGAACGAAGUUCAGCUUUCUGAUGUCAAGAUGACUUCAGUUGACGAGGAAGGUCACUCAUCCGAAGAGGACUUCGCAGAGAACAUGAGUGGCUUGGAGGCCGAAGAGAGGACCAAUUUGAUGGAAAGGACUACCCUUGCAAGCUUCAGUUCAGAACCUAGGAACAAGUUAGCCUGUCUCCAAGAAGUGGUUGCCACUGUACAUCAUCCUUCACUCCUAGAGUUUCAACUCCAUUCUCAAAAGUACAACCUGAAGUUCUGGCUCCAGCACUUGAGCACGGAACCUCUCUGGUUAGAGGGAUAUCAGUAG